GUACACAAUGACGUCAGUGGCGACGACAACAACAAAACAGAGAGCAGCAGUAACACACUGAAAGGGUGUUAGCCUGUUUCGUUAGCUUACGCUGGACAAUAUCGUUAAUGAAAUGUACAUAGUUUACAUUUAGAACAAGAAGGACGGUUGUUAUUAUUAGUCUUUAGGUUGAUGUUUUUAAGCAGUAGUGUGAGAUUUUAGUCGCACGGAUUUAUGCCUAUACGAAGAGCAAAGCCCGUGUGUAUUCUCAACUCGGGUUAUUAUCGAUAGCCUGUUAGCCCGGCAGCUAAUUCAGCUAGCAUAACAUUCUAUAUGUGCAGCUAGCAUUAGCCACGGAGUUUUAGCCUCAGAGCACGCGAGCUUUUUGCUGCUGCUCGUAUUAACGCGAAGGAUGGACACCGACAAUUAACAGGUGAGCAUCACAGACUAGAUGAAGCAGUCAGGCCACGGGGAAGCUGAGUGGAGAAUUCAACAUGAAGUUGUACGUGUUCCAGGUCAAUAACGGGAGCAUGUUGACCUUUGACACCGAACUAGCCGUGCAAACUGUUCUGGACCUCAAACAUGCAAUCCAGGCGAAGUACAAGAUCGCCACUCAGCAUCAGGUGCUGGUGGUUAACGGAGGCGAGUGUAUGGUGGCCGAGAGGAGAGUGUGUAGCUACAGUGCAGGCACGGAUACGAACCCUAUCUUCUUGUUCAACAAAGAGAUGAUCUUGUGCGACCGCGCGCCAACGAUCCCCAAAACCACCUUCAACGUGGAGAACGAGAUGGAGAUGAAGGUGGAGGAAUCGCUCAUGAUGCCGGCCGUGUUCCACACCGUGGCCUCGCGGACGCAGCUCGCCGUGGAAAUGUUUGAAGUCGCCAAGAAGCUGUGCUCCUUCUGUGAACGCCUGGUUCAUGACGAACACCUUCAGCAUCAGGGCUGGGCAGCCAUCAUGGCCAAUCUUGACGACUGCACCACGUCCUAUCAGAAGCUGCUCUCGAAAUUCGACAUGGCCUACACUAAUUACCAACAGGAUUUUGAAGACAUCAAACUGAAGCUGACAAAGCUCGGCACGGCCGUCUUGGUCAUGGCUAAAAUCCCUCUGCUGGAGUGUUUGACCCGCAACAGCUACAGAGAAAGCCUGGAGAGAUCCUCCUCCCCGCAUCCCAGACCCGGAGACGGUGGCGAUGAACAAGGAGCCCAAACGUCCUCGCAGUCAGCCAUCUCAGGCCCUACGGAGCGCCAGCGGGACCAGAAAUCUCCCGCUUCAGGAGAAUCCUCAUCUCCAGGCCGAGCGGGGAGCGGUGGCACCAGCGGACUGCAGGAGGUGCUGGAGGAAGAAAAGGAUCAGGAGGAGAUGGAAAAAACGGACGGUCCAUCGUUUAACGUCACGCUGCUGGACUGGAUCAAUGUACAGGACCGACCCAAUGACGUCGAGGCUGUAGUUAGGAAGUGCUUCGAAUCCAUCAACAGACUUGAUCCGCGGAUCAUUCAGCCGUUUCUCGUCGAGUGCCGGGACACUAUUACGAAACUGGAUAAUCAAAACAUGAAAGCCAUAAAGGGGCUGGAAGACAGAUUGUAUGCACUCGACCAAAUGAUUGCCAGCUGCAAAAAGCUAGUGAACGAACAGAAGGAGCUCGCUCAGGGAUUUUUAGCCAAUCAGAUGAGGGCUGAAAACCUGAAGGACAACUCGGUGCUGCCUGACCUGUGUCUGAGUCACGCCAAUCAGCUGAUGAUCAUGCUGACCAACCACAGGAAGCUGCUGGACAUUAAGCAGAAGUGCACGACUGCCAAACAGGAACUGGCUAACAACCUGCAAGUCCGUCUCAAAUGGUGCUGCUACGUGAUGCUGCAUGCGGAUCAGAACGGUGAGAAGCUACAAGCGCUGCUGCGCCUCCUGACCGAGCUGCUGGAGCGAGUGCGUGUGGUGGAGGCCCUCAGUACCGUCCCACAGAUGUACUGCCUGGCCGUGGUGGAGGUGGUGCGCCGGAAAAUGUUCGUUAAACACUACAGAGAGUGGGCCAGUGCCCUGGUGAAAGAUGGGAAAAACCUCUACGAGGCAGAGAAGGCCAAAAGGGAGACUUUUGGCAAGCUGUUCAGAAAGUCGUUCCUCAGAAAUCGCUUGUUCCGAGGACUUGACUCGUGGCCUCCGUCCUCAUUUUGCACAAGAAAGCCUCGCAAGUUUGACUUUGAGCUUCCGGAUAUUUCCCUGAAUGACCUGCAGUAUCUGAAGAGCUGCUGUCCUGCUGAAGUGCAGCCUUUUCUCAGGGUUCCAUCACUAUGUGAUUUUGAGCCGUUAAAGUGCCACACAGAAGCUCUUCAUCAGUUAGUACAAGCAGCUCGGAGUGUAGACGAGAUGUCGCAAACCAUCACAGACUUACUGAGCGAACUGAAGGUUUCUGGUAGCCAGAGUGCACACAGACUCAGCUCGGAAUGCAGAUCAGAGACCACGCCCACCUCCUCUAGAACCCCGCCCGCGCUCAGUAUACAGUCUCCGCCCACUCAGCCGCUCUCCGUUCCAGCUCCGUUAGAAGACCUGUCCCCCGACAGUAUAGACGCCCAUACGUUUGACUUUGAAACCAUAGGGCAUCCUAAUAUGGACCCCGUGCUCCAUCAGGGUUCUCUGGACCUGGACUCUUUAGUCGAGAGCCCGGAGUCAGACUUCAUGUCGGCAGUGAAUGAGUUCGUCAUUGAAGGGAAUGUAACAUCACCCAAUCCCAUCAGCGACCCGACAAGUCCCGAGAUGAUGGUCGAGUCCCUUUACUCCUCGGUCAUCAACGCUAUAGACAGCAAAAGGAUCCAGGACACGACCAUGCUCGAGAGAGAGAACUCCAGAAUCAUGACCCUCAAGCUGACCAUAGACAAGUACCGUUCGGCUGCCGAGGAGUCGCAAAGCAACAUGAGGAAAGUUAAGGACGACCUCUGUCAUUUCCAGGGACUCGUUAUAAAAGAGCAGCGGGACUUUGCUUUCGCCUUGAAGAUGAUGAGCGCAGAAAUCCACGGGAUAAUCAACAACAGUAGACGUUGUCAGGAAGAGGAACUCUCAGAGGCACACCAGAACGAGCUCCGAAAGCUGAAAGACGAUCACGAAAAGCACAUCCUCCGGCUUACCGACGAGCUGGAAGGGAACCACAAGAUCGUCCGGGACGUCCAGAGGGCCAUGCUCGAGCUCGAAGGGCUUGUGGAGAGGAAAGAGAAAGAGCUGGCUCAGAUGGAAGGCGAGAGGGAGCGCUUGCUGCAGGAGGUACGCAGCAGCCACCAGCAGGCCGUCCAGGAGUUGGAGUGGAACCUUUCCGAGCGCAGCAAGGCACUCCAAGAGGCCCUGCAUUCCAGAGACGCUCUUGCCAGCCAGCUUGAUUGCCUGCAAGUCGAGAUCGAGCAGAAGAUACGCAGAGAAAUGGAGAACGCAGAGAAGAACCGUCUCCAAGACUUGGAAGCUCGUUUGUCAACGGAGCACCAAGCGCAAAUGGAGAUCCUUAAACGCAACAGCCAGAGUGCUCUUGAUGCCCUAACCCUUGAGAACCAAGCCAGACUGAAGGAACUCACAGAAGCACACUUGACGGAGUGCAAGGAGCGUGAGUGGUGCUUUAAGGACUACGAGGCACGCAUCAGCGAGCUGGCCGACGCCCGAUGCAAACUCGAAGUGGAAAUAGCACUUAAAGAGACUGAAAUGGAUGAUCUGCGCAUGCAGUACGAGCAAGCCAAGACCCAGCAGGAGGAGGCACUUAAGGCUGAGAUGGAGUCACGGACAAAGAAUCUCCAAGAGCAAGUCGAGGCACUGAUGAAGCAGCUACAGAAGAAGAACGAGGAGCACGAGCAAGGCCUCUUCGAGCUGCGUGCUCUAAUGCGUCUCGAGAAGGACCACUGCAUCUCCGAGCUGGUGGAGCGGCACGACGAGGAGAGCACGCUGCUGCGGCAGGAGUUCUCCGCACUCAAGCAGAAGUCUCAGGACGCUGAGAAGGACUGCGAGGAACGUCUGCAGGAGAUCCAGCACCAGCUGGAGGACCAGCUCAAAACCUUAGUCAAAGAUCGAGAGGAGGAUCAGAAGGCUUUCGAGGAUAAAGAGCGAGACUUGCAAGCCGUCAUCGGCGACCUGCAGGCCGUAAACACCCUCCUGUCAGGGCAGCUGGAGCAGGAGCGUCAGGAGGCCCGGAGAGCAGUGGAGGAGGGGAAAGAGGCACUAAAAGACACCUUACUGCAGAAAGAGGAGAUGGAAGCGAGGCUGUUAGGAAAAAUUCAACUACUUGAGGAAAGACAAUCCACUGACAAAGGAGCUGCGGCUGGAGAAAGCGAAGCCGGGGACGUCUCGCUGCAGCAGAGGUUGGACGAAGAAAAGGCGUCUCUCCUGGGCAAGCUGGAGCUGCUGGAGAAGAAGAAGAACGAGGAGCUGCAGAACCUGAAGACCUCACUGAUCGCUGAGCAGCAGACUAAUUUCAACACUGUACUGAUGCGGGAGAAAUUAAAGAAGGAGCAGAUCAUCAAUGAGCUGAGUGAGAAGCUGAAGAAGGUGACGCUACAGCAGGAGAAGGAUAAGAGCCUGAUCCAGACUCUUUCGGAGGACCGCGCCACCAUCCUGCAAGAGAAGAAACACCUAGAGGAGGAGCUGAACCGCAUCCGGAGCGCCGCCCUCAUCUCCUCCGCUUUCUUUGUGCCCAAUCCCAUUUCUGUUGCCAUAGAGACGGCCGGAGCGUGUGGGCCUGUUCCCACCGAAAGCCAAGUUCUGCCUGCUCUGGAUCCGGAGAGGUUGGGGUCUGUGGUUCCGCUCCGAGACGAUGACAGGGUGGACUCUGCUGUCGAAGCGAGCAUGAUGACCGUCCAUGAUAACGCCUUGAUGCUGUCAGAGGAGAAACAGCGGAUACUGAUGUUGGAAAGAACUCUGCACAUGAAAGAAGAGGAGAACAAGAGGCUCAGCCAAAGACUGAUGUCACAGAGCAUGUCGUCCGUGUCCUCCAGGCAUUCGGAGAAAAUCGCCAUACGAGAUUUUCAGGUCGGUGAUUUGGUCCUCAUAAUCCUCGAUGAGCGGCACGAUAAUUAUGUGCUGUUUACGGUCGGCCCCACUCUCUACUUCCUGCACUCGGAAUCUCUCGCUGCACUGGACCUCAAGCCUGCAGCUGGAGCUACGAGGCGACCCUGGGUCCUGGGGAAGGUCAUGGAGAAAGAAUACUGUCAGGCAAAAAAGGCCCAAAAUCGCUUCAAAGUUCCUUUGGGCACCAAAUUCUACCGAGUAAAAGCCGUGCCAUGGAAUAAGAAGGUGUAAAAAUUGUAAAGAAAAAAAAAACUAGAAUAUUUGUAAAGCUCUUUUUUUUUUUCCCCCUCUUCCACUUCCUUUUUUUUUUUUUUUUUUUUUUUUUUUUUUUUUUUUUUACCCCUUUUGCCUCACAUCUUCCGAACGUCACUCAGAAUUCUUUAAUCACAGAAAGACAAACCAUUAUCACUAGUUCUUUUAUUUAAUUUUCUGGCAACCCAUUUUAUUAUUAUUAUUAUUAUUAUUAUUAUAGUUUUUUAUCUCUGUUUAUUCAGAGGUUUGUAAAUGUGGACCAAAUGUUAUGACUUGAAUAGAGCAAGUUUGUAAAAUGAACAACAUCAACAGCAAAAAUCUAUUCGGAGGAGAUAUAUAUAUAUAUACAUAUAAUUAUAUAUUAUUUGUUCAUUCUAAUUAUUAAUAUUCUUAUUAAUAUUAUUUUGUUCACUCGUGGCAAGAGAACAUUACGGGAAAACCGUCAUUAUCACUAUGAUAUAACAAGCUCAAGGUUUUAGAACUACACGUUUAUUGUAAAUGUUUAUGAGCGAAUGUUCACGGCAUGCACAUACACAUAUUUUCUUUAACUCUGGAUGUGUCGUCGUUGGAUAUGUAGGUUUAAAAAAAAAAAAAAAAAAAAACAAAAUAACCGGCGACGCAGUAACCCCUUCAAGCUUUUUGCGAUCUUUGGGAGGAAAAAAAAAAACAAACAAAAAAAAAACAGAAAUGAAUUAACGCACUUUGGGAGACGCGUCGAUCCAAAAGGGAAGCAGUUGUGCUGGCGGGAAAACGAGCGCAAAAAAGGAAAAUAAUUAGCAGCACAUAUCUUCCCACUGUUAGAGAACGUCAACGUGUAGAAACGAAAUACUUCCUGUUGGUUGAUGUGUGUUGUUGGAUUCUAAAUCACGACAUUGUAUCAUAUUCAUCAGAUUGCACAAGUUAAGAAAAAAAAAAAAAGAUGACUGUAUUGUAAAAGAGUUUUCAAACAAUAAAGGUUUGAUCCCA